GGCGGUACUUACGGUCAGACUCUCGAUCUGACGCAGUGUAUCCCGACCCUCAGCAUCCUUCAGCGCGCGCAGCAUCCGACAACGGCCUGGACCGGACCAGAUACGAGGACGCCGCGUACCGUAGAGAGGUAGCCAUGAAUCAUCUUCAUUAUAUCAGCUAAACGAAGAACCGUCGACAUUUAUUGUUUAUUCCACGCCUGUCAUCCGGAUCGCAGCGCGCCCAACCCUAAAAAUGGCUGAGAUCACUGAAAUACGCGCGGCGUACGAUAUGUCCCCAGUGCUGGCGGGGUUUAUCGGUGCUGGUGUGUUGGUCGUUGCAGUCAUUGCAGUAAUCUUUGUGUGGACUUGCUGUCAAAAACAUUACAACAGGACGAACUACAAGCUUCAUGGAAUCCAAUCGGAACAAAGUGAUCCUCUCACAGACCCUCCGUACAGGUUUAUUCACAUGCUGAAAGGAAUGAGCAUCUACCCCGAAACGCUUACCAGCAGCAAGAGGCUCAUACGAGUGGCACGCCAGGCCAGAUCCCAGACCACCGAUGGGGCUCAAAACAACAAUGGCCGCCCAGUGGUGCUCGUAGAUAUGGACUCAGCUGCAGAAAGAGGCCUGCUGGGAGAGAAACAAAUGCAGAUGAGGCUUGAGGAAAGUGGUCAUGAGGUUCCCAAGCUGGAGAGGGAACUUCCCAUGUGUGCGGAUGACUGCUGUCUGGACAGCAGCUCUGCUAGCAGCAGUCAGACCUCCAGUACUACGGUUUCCAACACGGCUACACCCUUCACCCCCGCAGAUGAGCCCAGCCGAGGAGAUCUCAGCAUUGCAAUCGAUUAUAACUUGCCCAAGAAGGCAUUGGUGGUCACCAUCCUGGAGGCUCGGGGGUUACUGGCAGUGGAAGGCCAGGCGGGCAGUGCUGACCCCUAUGUGAAGAUGACCAUUCUCCCAGAGAAGAAACAUCGCGUUAAGACUCGGGUCCUGAGGAAGACUCUGGAACCUGCGUUUGAUGAGACCUUCACAUUUUAUGGCGUGCCAUACAGCUCCCUGUCAGAUCUCACUCUGCACUUCUUGGUGCUGAGCUUUGAUCGGUUCUCACGAGACGAUGUGAUCGGGGAGGCAAUGGUUCCGCUGGCAGGUGUGGACCCGAGUACAGGCCGGGUCCAUAUUACGCAACAGAUCACAAAGAGAAGUAUGCAGUGCGUGAGCCGUGGAGAGCUGCUGGUCUCUCUGUCCUAUCAGCCGGUUUCUCACAGGCUGAGUGUGGUGGUGUUAAAAGCGAAACACCUUCCAAAACUGGACAUCACUGGCCUAUCUGGAAAUCCGUAUGUGAAGUUGAAUGUGUUCUAUGGCCAAAAGCGCAUUGCCAAGAAGAAAACACACGUGAAGAAGUUCACUCUCAAUCCAGUCUUUAACGAAUCCUUCAUCUACGAUGUGCCAGCUGAGUUGCUGCCAGACAUCUCUAUCGAGUUCCUAGUCAUGGACUUUGACCGCACUACUAAAAACCAAGCCUUGGGACGCCUGGUGCUUGGCGCAAACAGCCCCUGUCCCUCGGGAGCAACCCACUGGCAGGAGGUCUGCCAAAACCCACGGCGCCAAAUCUCAAAGUGGCACAUGCUCAGCGAAUAUUAGAGCUUUACCACACUCUCUCUCCACACACACACUCAAACACAGGCUCACAGGAACCAUUUAAUGAUGAAAGAGAGAGUUUUGGGAAAAGAUGCCUUUGUUACCGUCACUACAUGGAAGGUAACUGAUUAUCAGGAAGACUUAAAAAAAAAAGACUUAAGCCAACUUUAUGUCAUUGCUAAUGCAAUGAUGGGCCUCGGAAAUGAAUCUUUUUAAAAACACAAGUACACAUUUACGUUCUCACUCAGUUACUCACAUAUACACACACAUACACACUGCCUAAACACAAACAUACAUGAUAAAUAAUAAACGAGACCAAAAUAACAAAAAUAUAUUGACAGACUGUUAGACGUUUAUGAGGUUUGGGAUUCUGUAACUGUACUUAUAAAACUUAACGCAUGUCUCAAUGCUCCAUAUUUCACUCCAGAACAGGACAUUGUGUGGAUUUGUGAUGCUGGCGUGCAUUAAACAGGCUCUUUUUUUUGAGACAUCUGAUUUACGGAAUUCCACAUUUUUUAAAGUUAGUGGAAGGAGUUUGUUUUGAAGGAGCUUGUGAUGAGCAUCUUCUGAUAUGUACUGAUUCUCCACUGUAUGAGAAAUACACUGAAGUGACACAGAGGUUGUAUGAUCUACGCUAAAGUAUGAUUUGUUCUGUUCUGCUUGUAUUCUGAGAUGUUUCGGAGAUUCCUGCUGUGUCACAUUCUCCACAGCUACAAGCUGAGUCAUGUGAUUGUACAACAAUAACCCUAUUGGCAGCACUCUGGGCCUGAUUUAUUGCUUGUGCAAUGACUUUCAGUAAAUCUGGCCCUGAAUAACUUAAUCUGCACUGCUAUGCUACAAACACACUCUGAAUGUCACUGUCUGUAUGAAUUUCAUACAUCAGAGCUUCACUUCACCAUAAAAGAGUGCUUCACUGUUUCAUAGGUUGUACUAGCCAAUGUCAUUAGAUGACCUUUUUAAGGUGGAUUGGAUUCACUUUCAUUUUAAAUCCUGUGUGAUAUAGACAAAGAGGUGUGUUUGUAGUUUGGAGCUCUGGUAUAUUCCGGGGUCAUUCUGAGCUCUUUGGUGUGAUGUUUGGGAAAUGGAAAGAUAUGUAGCAUUUUAUCAUUUGUAGUUUGUAAAGUCAAGGGGGAAGAUGUUCAUGUUAUUCUAUCAUUAACAACAGUCUGUUCUUCAAGCAUAUCUCCUUCACCUCACUUUCACUUUUUUGUCUUAUACCACUUUGUUACAUCUCUCUUUUGUGAUGAGAACUUGUAAAGUCAUGGUUUGCCAGUGUGCCUGCCGAAUAGCCUGGGCCUUUAUCUCUGAUUGGUGCUCCUCACUGUUAAUGAGGUCUGAAUCUGGCAUAGAGUGUACUGUGUUUUAUAUACACUAAGAAUUAAGAUUGGACACCAAAAAUCAGAGCUGAUUCCAUUACAAAUAAAAAAUACUGGAAACAGAUCUCCUUUAACGACUAUCGCAUGUGCAUUUUUGGCUAACACUUUAUGUUUCCUGUUUUCUAAAUUUCCUACACCGUUUAUUCAGCACAGUGCCACAACACCGCUACUGAAGUUACAGUGUGACACAUUUAGUGAGCCCAGUGUAGUCCAAUUACAGAAUAAAUGGCUCAUGAUUCAGGACUUUCAUUGAAUCAAACCAUACAGUGUGACCUGUGUAGUACAAAUCCAAAACGAAUUAUGAAUCAGUUUUUUUUAAUGAAUCAAAAACAUACAGCACAGUUUAGUGCAAUUCCCAAAAAAAGGGCUCCAAUUAAUUUUUUUUUUUUUUUUACUAAAUCAAAAUCAUUUAGCACAACCAGUAUAUUAGGAUUCGCAAACAAAUAACUCUAACGAGUCGGUUCUUUUUAAUGUAUCGAACACACAACACAACUAUAGUACACUCUUAAUAAUGAGGGUUCUUUAUUGGCAUUGAUGCCUCCAUGAAGAACCUUUAACAUCCAUGGAACCUUCCAUUGCAAGGUUCCAUUGAAGGUGGAAAAAGGUUCUUUAGAUUAUUAAAAUGUUCUUUACACUAAGAAAACAAAAAGUUUAUUUUAUGAAAUGUUCACUUAAAGGUUCUUUGGGGAACCAAAAAUGAUUCUUCUGUAACUAUUUAGCGUAAUGACUGACUGGUUGUUCACAUGACAACAAUGUGUAGUUUAAAGAUACAUAUUAUGUGUUUUGUUAUUAGUAUUUUAUAAAUAUUAAUAAAAUAAAUAGUUUGUUUAGUACUUUUGUCAAAUAUAUUUAAGGUCAAUCAUUGGAUUGCAUUUAUGCUGCCUAAAAAGACUAUUAUAAGAAUUGUUUUAAAUGUACUUAUUAUUGAAAUGAACUCAUCAGUUGGCAAUUGACAAUGUAAUUGCAUUUUCCCCAAAUAUAUUUUCCUUAGAAGUAUUAAAAAUAAUUGUUAAUCAACUGUUAAAGAACCAGAAUCAGAACCGAAACCAGAACAUGUAAAUGAUUCUCGUAUUUUAAUCCCAAGCAGGAAAUGUGCCCAAGAUUGAGGAGACCCAUCAGAGCAGAGACAAUAACAGAUCUGAGAAGCUCAAAAUGCACAGUGUCACAUCCUAAACAUACAUCCGAACAUUCCCGAUCAAUUCCCCACAAAUUAACCGCCAAUGGUCAGCUGGUUUUAUGGCACAUGGUUUGUCUGUCAUAGAGAUAUUAGAUUCUAAACUGUAAUUCUGGAUGGAAAAAUGCUUCUUUCCAUUCAAGCUUCUUAAAGGCUCAAGCCACACUCCCUGUAUAAAAGUGCACACUAUCCUCCAAGUAAUGUCUUUCGGAUAGAAGAUACUUUUUUGUGUGUGACAAAAUGGAAAGAUAUUAAAAGAUUCAAUCCGUGUGACAAACAAUACACAGAGAAAAAAAAAACCCAGAUUAAAGUUUUUUUUUUUUUUUUAUUGUGUCCUAUACACAAUCACUUUGGUGUUCAAAAAUUAAUUUGCCAGACACUUCAAAAUGUUGUAUUAGUGUGAAUAUUUGACAUAUACUGUACUGCAAAAUGCUGUGAGAGCUCUGCUAAUGUUAAACACCCUCCUGUAUGUUAGUGUUCUUAACACCCACUGAAUGUGCAAAAUAAACGUGAUACACAACUGAA